UAAUAAUAAAAAAGAUGAUGUGGCUUCCAUUUCAUAAUUGGAUUAUAUGCAAGCUUGCAAAGAUGCAAUUAUCAUCUACAUCAAUACAAUUACAUAAUGCAAUUCUAAUUGCAAUUUCAAUGGAGAUGAUCUAAGAAGAUUAAAAAAAAAUCCCAAAAGGAAAACAAUUAUUUAAUUUUUGAAGAAACCCUAUUAAAAAGGUAGCAGCUUGGUCGUAUUAGUAGAGAGGACUUUGCCUUUGAGAUUAAAAUAAACCUAAAGGCUUCUUGAUCCACCACCGCCGUCUCCAUCCAUCAUGACGACGUCGACCAAGAUUCUUGGCCCUCCUUCAGUCGCCGGAGCGGCGCUGUCUGGCGAUAAACCCCAAACAACAGUUACUAUUCCAUCCCCACAAACUUCAAUCGAACCCCUCAUCGUCAAGAGCCAGACGCUGGGAUUGACGGAUGAUCAACCGAUGGGCCUGUCGGAGCAAGGCUCCGACACCUACCUCUCCUUCGGCAACCCCUGCCUCGACUUCUUCUUCCACAUCGUCCCCAGCACCCCCGCCGACAAAUUAGCCGACCAGCUCAAUCUGGCCUGGGCUCAGGAUCCCCUCACCGCGCUCAAUCUUAUCUGCAAUCUUCGAGGGGUGAGAGGUACCGGCAAGUCCGACAAGGAAAGGUUCUACGCUGCGGCGCUCUGGCUCUACACCCACCACCCGAAAACCCUAUCCCUCAACGCCAGGGCUCUUGCUGAGUUCGGCUAUUUCAAGGAUUUCGUCGAGAUUCUGUACCGGAUCAACGAAGGCCUCGAUGUGAGGAAGAAAGCCAACUUGGAGAGGCGAGAGGAGCGAGCAGCCAGGGUGAUGGCCAAGAGGAUGAGGAGAUACGCACACAUUUAUCGCCACGAUGAGAACGAGGAUGAGGAGGAUGAGAAUUCCGAGGCUGGAGAAGAGCCGGAGGAUGAAGAGGCUGGGGUUCGAAUUACCCAGAAGGCCAAGAACUCGAAGAAAUCCGUCGAGGCCUCUGCCACUGCCAAGCCGAUCGACAAGGAAACGGCGAGAGCGAUGCGGAAGGAGCGAGAGGCUGCCAAAGCGGCCAAGUAGCUGAACCGGUACUAUUCCGAUUCCAAUUACAGACU